AUGCAUUGCCGCGAAGUUUCUCCAGAUAGUUUGAUUGUUAAUGAAGAAGUAGAUUUUGUUCCAAGUCCAGGAGUUGAAUUUUCGUACAAAAAUGACCUCUGCCUCGUUUCUCUGUUGCAGUUCAAGGAACCACGAGUUUACCAUGCAUUGGCUGGUCACUCGAAUGGACACAGUGCUAGUAAUUCAGCUUGUGAACUAGUUCCUCGUCAUAGUCCUCCAAAUAACUUAAGGGGUUCAGGCUGGCUGGAGAAUAUAAAAUCUGCAGAGGAAGAAGGAAGAAACUCCACUAGGAGGGUUGUCUUGGCUAAGAGAACUAUUUCACUUUUUAAUGGUAAAUCUUCUGGUGAAAUGUCUGUCUGUCAUCAGGUGAAUUUGGAUUCCUUGCAAAGAAAACAUGCUGAACCGUUUGCUUGCCAUUCUGGAACAAUGAAGGCCCUCUGUCAAAACUAUAUUCAGGAUUCAUCAUCAGCAACAAAUACACAUGAUGCUGAAGACAGAAGAAUAGGAGAAUGA